CAGUGUUUGAAAUAUUACACGUAUAUUCCUUAAUAUAUACACACGUAUAUUUUCUUAAUAUGUAUAUGUAAUACCUGUUUGUUGGUGAAAAAUGAAUGAUAAUCGGUAUAUAGUAUAUACGUUUCGAAAAACAGCAGUAUUUCCUAAACAAACACUUCGCUCUCGCCCAAUCUGCCUGUUAAUACAACUUUUUUUCAAGGAAUGUUUGUUAUCGCGCGCAAUGCGGUCGAUAGAGUCAGUGUUUGCUGCAUAAUAAUAUUUUGUAUAUUUUCUAGAGGAUAAUAGCUUUUAAUAAUUAUAAAUUCAAUUACAAUACUUGUACGUGAAAUUAGAGUCAGUGUGUUUGCCGAUUAUUACUUGGGCGGACGCGAUAGUAGCCUUUCUUUUCUUUCCAUUUUUUUUUUCAAACAUUCGCUUUUGGUAGUAGAGUCGCAGGUUUCGCAAGAAGAUACAGUCUCUUCUUUUCUCAUAACUUUCACUUUUUCCUGCGCUACGGGAAGGACGCAGUGAUGCUCCAAAGUUAAACACGUUUAUCGCUCCUUCCUCUCCCUUCUGUUUCCUGAAAAGGAUCUGGUGGGGCUUCAAAAGUCAAGAAUGGAACUAUAAUUGGACUUAGUACGGUUAACAUUCAAUAGAUGUUUAUAAAAGGAAUGAUAAAGAAAUUUCUUGAAUAUACGUAUAUGUACUGUAAUAAUAAUUGAAAAUGGACACUUCAUGGAAGAACACUCGUGACGCUUUAAAAGACUUUGCAAAUGUGUUGAAGUGUAACAAAUGUGGAAAUGAGCCAAUAACUGCAACAAGAUACACCAAUUGUGGUCAUUUCUUUUGCAAACAGUGUGUUGGGAACGAUUCGCUAUGUAUAAUAUGUAAGACACCUGUACAACCCAUUGAAAUAUGUAGCGAUCAUUUAAUUGAGAGUCUUGUAUCUCAUUGCAAUAAUAUUGCAAAAAUAAUACAGGAAAGAGAUUUAUGGAAUGCAACCACAACUUCAAAUUGGAUACAGUCACCUAACAGAAUCAAUUCUACAGUAUGUAAUUUAAAAUAUCGCAUACCAAAAAAAAAUAUCAAUAAACAGAACAGUAAAGGAGAAACACAAUUACAUACUGCAUGUUUGAAGGGGAAUAUACAAGAAGAUCAUAUAAAAGUUCUAUUAGCUGCUGGUGCAAAUCCAAAUACAAAGGAUUAUAAUGGUUGGACUCCUCUGCAAGAAGUCGUAAGUUAUGGUCAUACCAACAUAUGUCAGUUACUAUUAGAAUGUGGUGCAUUACCAAAUACACCUGGUGAAGGAAACAGAACAGCGUUACAUGAAGCUGCUAAAGCAAAUAGAUUGUUAGAAGCAAAAAUGCUAUUAAAAUAUUCAGCUAAUAAAAAUGUGUAUGAUGAUUAUGGAAGAAAACCUAUAGAUUAUUGUCAGCCAUACAGUGAGAUGUGGAAUAUUUUGAAAGAUGAAAAUGAAUUGGAUAAUGUACUUGAAACCACCAUAGAUUUUAGUCACACUUUAAAUAAAUCGCUUUCCAUGGCAUUUGAUAUGGUUGUUAUAUAUGUAUCAGAUUUACAAGAAGAGAAUAAAAGACAUCUGAAUGAAAUAGCGUCAAAGAAUAAAAUUAAAAUUGUAUCUAGAUUUCAAUCAUCUGUGACUCAUGUCAUAGUAGAAGCUAAUAGUGAAAAUAUCGUACAACUGUCAUAUGACGUAAUGAUGGCACUUUUACAUGGAGCUUGGUUACUUAAUACCGAGUGGAUUCAAUUAGGAAUGGAUAUAAGUGAAAUACUAAAAGGAGAUUUAGAAAUAUUUGAAGUUAGUGGCACACCGAUUAAAGGUAUCCCAAAGAAAGCUAGAGAAAAUGCACAAAAACAGAAUCCAGGUCUCUUCAACCGAUGUUAUUUUUAUUUUGCAUGGCAGUCAAAAAACGUUUAUGCAAAUGGUAUACAAUUAACAAAAGAGGCAUUAAUAGCACUAAUACAAGAGGGUGGUGGGAUGGUUUUGAAAAGAGAACCAAACCCAGAAAAUAUAAAGGACCAGGGAUUAUUUAUUCCUUUUCACAUUGCGAAUGAACCUACUCAUUCUUUAUAUAAGUGUACACAUUAUAUCAUAUAUGUACCAGAAAGAGAUGAACCACGUAUAAAAUAUAAUAUGCCUCAUAUAAAAACACUUCCGCUUAUAUGGCUAAUUGAAUGUAUAGAAAAAUUUACAUUAAUUGAUCCAUUGCAAUUAGGUCUACAUAAACUUUAAUUAUUAACACGUUUUGUGGCUAUAAUUGCUGUACUUGAACUAAUGAAGAAGUGCUAUUAGCUAGUAAAGUGUAAUUUUUAUAUUGAAUAGAAUAUUAUAUAUUUUGAUAUAAUUAAAUAUGUUAGAGAAUUUGAAAAAUGUGACGAAUUAUUUAAAUAUACUAAAUUUUCUUGUCUGAACUUUUUAAGGAGACGUAUGUUAAUGUAGUACUAUGAUUACGAAGGAUUGACCGUUGCGCAAAGAACGAUAAAUUCCAAAGGGAAAUAUCGUACGGUAUCCCGUACAUUUACGGGUAAAGUACCGCUAGUCGUGCACAUAUACUUACAUACACAUGCGGUGAGAAAGAGAGAACGGAAGAAAAAAGUUAUAGGGGAGUGAGAGAGAGGCAAAGAGGAAGAACAGUGCGAACAUGAAAGAUAGGGAAAAGAGAGAUUCUAAUAUAGUUGAGAUCAGAUAAUAAGGAAAAUCGAAUAUAAGUAAAAAUUAAUAAAUUAGAGUAUAUAUAAAGCAAUAAAUAACAUAAGACAGUAAUUAAAUUUAAUGAAAGAAAACCGAGUAUAACGAUCAUAAUCGGGAUGAUUUACGCCUAUUUGUGUUAUAUGUUAAUGCUAUUACACUAAUUUUAUUAAUAAUAUAUGCUAGUAAAUAGUUCAUUCUUCAUGGUUUGUAAAUAUACUUUGAUUCAAAGCUGUUUGUUAAUCUAUUGUCAAAGAAGUGAGCAAGGUAAACAGAAAAGAAACAUGUACAUAUUACGUAUUACUAAUAAAUUGUAAUAGCAGAAUUGUUCAUAUUUAAAA